AUGGAGACCCCCUGGCAGACGCAUCUGUACCAUUUGAGAAAAUCUAGCGAGGCGGAUACCUCCCUGACACCGUUAAUGUACAAACUCCACUUUCACUUCCUAAAACUGAGGCGUCCCUUGAAAUACCUAGGAAAAUGCGUAACCUACUAUGCGAGCACUCUGGGAAAGAGAAAAAGAAUUAAGAUUUAUGCUGACACGGACCACCUGCGAAUCAUCAAGGUGGCUCUAAUUUCAUCCUGCGGCAAAGCCAUCCAAAUUGAGAGAAUUGAAAUAAAAAAAAAGAGAAACAAUUUUUACAUUCAUUUGAAAGAGCCCACAAAGAUAGGGGUAUACAAAUUGGUCACUUUUUUCUAUUACCAAAAUGGAGAGAAGAAAACGGAAGGGAUUUACCCUGCCAGUAAUAGAAAAUUAGGGAGGAAGAGAAAAAAAUGUGUGGAAACCCCUCCUCGGGGGAAAGACCCUACCGAGGAGGAACACAAAGAGAGGGGAUUUCAUUUUGUUCUUCCAAAUGGAGGGGAAAUUUUCCAUUUUCAUUUUAAAAGGGUAAAGUUUGAAAGCAAAAGGAGAUACACAUAUAUAAAUACGUUUUGUGAAUACUUUUACCUCCCUCUGGUUUUUCCAUGUCUGCUUUACAACAACCAUAGGGCAAAAUUUAGGCUCAAGGUUUCGUUUGAAAUUGAGCUAAAUGGAGCAAGCAGCGUCGAGUCGACAUGGGGUGAACCCCCAAUAGGACCAGGCGUCAACUCUUCUUUCACAGAUGGUCACAAUGAUAAGAAGGCACAUGGUGAUAGAGAUACCCCUAUCCGUGUUGUAAGCCCAGUAGACUUGGUCGUCACGAAUAGUAGGCUCAAGAGGGUGUAUUACAGUCAGGGAGGUGGCGGACUGUACUCUUCACUUUGGAAGCGUCUCCAGGGGGGGUCCAUCGGAAGGAGGCACUGCAGAAAGGCUUCUCGGUGGAGUAGGGUACCUUGGUAUACUAGGCUACCUCUCUCGAGAAAAGCAGACCUAUUCCGUUCGCCUCUUAACAGGAGGAAUGCAGCGACAAAAAAGGAUGAAAUGCACUCCCCAAUUGGGGGUCCUAAAAAACUAUGGAAGUUGUACCAGCCAAGUGAAGGGAGAAGAAAACUCACCGAAGCAUCAUCUGGAGGGAAGAAAUUCAUAACGUACCACUUUUGCGAGACGAGCAAAAUUACCAGCUACACAUUUUGCCUGUUCGCCGGCUUAUACAACAAAGUAGAACUGAAGGUAAAAAGAAUUUCCGUUUUUAUAUACAUAGAAAAGGGAGAACCUUCAGAAAGCAGCAAUGAAAGAAGCAGACACGACUUUUUCCUCCACGUGGUGAAAGAAACACUAAUGAUGUAUUUGAAAAUACAUGUCUUCCACGCCAUGUUGGAAGAGAGUGGCUUCAUCCAGUUCAUGAUUCUAAACACGUAUAAGUAUGCAGGGGAGGAAAAUCACAACUGUGUCACAUUGUUGAUGUCGCUAAUUGCGGGAAGUACAGUGUUUAGCGAAAAUAGAAACAAUCUGGAAGUGGACUUCCACAAAAAGGUUUCACUAGUCAAACUAAUUGUGCACGAAAUUUUUCACUCCUUCUGGGGAAACUGCCUGUAUUUUAAGAAGGCCAAAUAUCUGUGGUUGAAAGAGGGGCUUACCAGAUACUACGAAUUGAGGCUGUCUAAAUCGGUUUUAUCUAAAAUGAGUAGAUUUGCUUCUUACAGGUGGAAAUUAACCCUUUGGUUCACGCUGGAGUAUCAUUUUUAUAUCCUCCUUGUUGACACUCUGAACGUGUAUAACCACGCUUUGGACUUUUCGAGGGGGGGAGAAACAAAAUGCAGAGAAGAUAUGUACUCGAAAGAUAUCCACCAUUUUUACAAUACACUAACUUACAACAAAGGAAUGAACAUCUUCAAAAUGAUCAGCGUGAUGACGAGACCCUAUUUCUCCCUCAUCAUGAAUUUGCUCUUCUACACAUUUUACAAUUGUUCCAUAAAUUUAAGAAAAUUUUUUAAAUUCUUUCACUUUUUUUUUCGCCUUUUUCAUGUGAAGCCAUUUUUCCUCAACUACAAUCCGUAUGAAAAGUGUGCACGUAUUAUGAAGGCGCUCAUUAGAAGGAAAAGGAAAUUCUCAUUUGGUCAACUUCAGAGAGCUGUUGGCGGGGCCAGGAGGUCUACGCUCCGGGGGGGACGCCUACGUCACAAGGAAGCACCGUGUGCUAGCCAAGAGACAGUAUGGGGGGCUUCCUUUACCCACCUUUUGAGCUCCUCCUUUUUGAAGCGCCCCUUUAAGAAGCGCUUCCAGGCUUACUGCAUAGAGGAGGCCAAAAAUCCUGGAAGAAAGCCAAUCGGAAGUGCGAAGCGGAAGAGAACUCCUGGUGUAAGGCCACGAAGAGGAAGAAAAAACAGAGCAAGCAAAAUAGCAUCAUGGGGGAGGGUCCAGCCAGCCCUCAGAAGAAUACCUCAAAAGGGGGCUCCUUUCAAGAAGGCGGUCGCUUCCAAAAAGGUGGCUGCUUCCCCAAAACAAAGUUACGUCUUGGAGAAGAUAGUGCAAACGUACGUAAGCGUAGUUGGGCCGCCUAAAAUAUUUUUGAAGUUUUUUAAAAAUAAAAAUAAAUUGCUAAUAACGCAGAAGCAUUUCUACUAUGACAAUUACGAGCAGACGUUUAAAGAGACGAAUGUGCUUUUCCACGUGCCACUUAUCUUUACAGUGGGGCGUAAAGUGUACAACGUACUUCUAACCAGGAGGUAUGCCCUGAUAGAUGUUCUAAGGGGGAAUGAAAAAGGCCUUCGUGAAAAAAAAACAAAUCAAUUAAAUGAAGAUCAAAACACAUUUACCAUGAAUGCGCAGAAUGUCUCGUACUUUUCUUUCCACUUUGUUGAUAUAUUUUCAUUUCAAUUUAUUUUAAAUUCGAUAAAGCAUAACCUAUGUCGUAAGGCGGACAUAAUUCACGUAAUCACGAACGUUUUUCUAAGUCUUCUGGUACGCCUAAAGAGUUUGAAGCAGAUAAAAUACUUAAACUCUUUGGUUUCUAGACAGGUCUUCUUGUUGUACAAACUUCUCAAAGAAAUGAGACACACAAAGGGAGAAGUGCACACCGUUGGGAUGAUCCUGUGCGAGGAAUUCUUCAAGUGUUAUGACCAUUUCAGCUCAUACUUCUCCAAAAUUGAAGAUCACAAAUUGAAGAUAGAAAUAAACAGGGAGCUACGAUCCUGUGAGAAGUUCGAUUAUCUGCGUGACGAAAUUGAAUUCGUAUUUAAAGACUUCAGGAAUUCCCUGUCCAAGAUUUUUUUUUUCUACAAGGAAACUAUUACUCAGCUGUUGUGA